AUCAUAAAAAAACACGAGUAGCAUCAUGUCCGAACACCUCUCUGGCCAAAUGUCAAACACGAAGUGAUGUCAUCGAAAUUGUACUAGAACAUAGCCGUUGCAUCAAUGAUUAAGUUCCAAAACACUUGGAGAUUCUGGCUUGGCUGCUUAAUGUUCGCCCAAAUCCAAUCAUCACCAGUAUUGAGUGAUUUGAGAUCACGGAAGCGAUCUGACUUCAUUGAAGAGGACGUGGAACCGAUCAGUUAUGGAACUAAUGCACAAACUUUCCAAGAUGGCAAUUUGAACAGGCGAAAUUUGCCCCUCAAAGGCUCGUCCUUCAAAUUUGCAGACCCAAUCAUAGGCCAAGCCUUUCAACCCUUCAACGAUGUCAAAAGUAGAGUUUUAACGCGAAUCCACAGACCCGAUGAUCCUAAGUUUCAAUUAUUAUUGCAACGCAUAAGACCAAUCAUCGGAAAUGAAACAAAAUUGGCCUUCCGAAGUAUGCAAUCAAAUCGAGGAUCGGAGGUUGAAGUCAAAGGGCGUCCAGAGAAGGUUUUAUUCUAUAACGUUUUGACGAUAAUGAAGAAUGGCCUUCAAAAUACAACGGGAUCCAAAGACUUUGAUAACCAUGAUGAGAUCACGGAUAUCAAAUUCAAAAUCGAGAAUUGCUUGGAAAAACUGAACGCUGGAACUUUACCCUCGCCGGAAGAGGUCUCUGACUUGGCCAGAAGAUUUAAUGAUUUGUUCCAAACCAAAGCAGAAGAUUCCGAUCCAAUUCGCAAUCGACAAGCUGAAGAUCCCAAUGCAAUGAAGGCCAAGGCGCCUUUUUGUGAUCCUGGUCAAGACUGCUUUGAAGAUGUUGAUCACGAAGAGAUCGCUUUAGAAGUGAAUCGGCUCGCCAAAUCCUUGGCCAAUUACAUUAAGUCUAGAGCCAAUCAAGAUCAACAGAUCCGCAAAACUGGCUCUGGCAAGGGCUUUGAGGCCAAGGUUAAAUUCAAGACCGAUGCAGUCCUCACUGAAAUCACUGCCAUUCUAGCCAGACUUCAUCGAUCGGUUCUAAGGAAUUGGCACCAUAUAUUAAUGAUCUUGAACAACAUGGCUGGCGAAGACACAAAAAACGUUGGUGUUUACAGACAAGGCGCCUUUGAUUUACCCUCGGAUCCGUUAAUCAAUAUUGAGGAAUUUGAAUGCAAUCUGGAGAUUUCUGGGCUCAAAGAAGCUGCAGCCGUGACCACGAAAUGUCUGGAUGAAGGAAUCUGGCACACUGACGAAAUAUGCGUGUCGCCCAUAAAGGAUCCUAUACAAGAGUGCAGCCCUCACCUUCAGAAUGACAACUUUGUCCAGAUUCACGGACAAAAUCUGUUCACCAUUGGUCAUCCUGGCCUUUGGCAAAUCAAGGUCGAGAUCCAAGUCAUUGCAGAUGCUGGAGAACAUCUCGCACAUUUUGAGCAGGUCAUUGGAAGUGUCAGUAAACUACCCAGGGGAUCGGAUGAUGAAGCCGUGCCCUUAUUCAAAAUUGGACAUGCGGUCAAAUUUACGGAAAAUCAUGGCGAAGGUCACACAACCUCAGUCUCGACAGGAAUGAAUUCCGAUCUGGAUAUUGGAGACAGGAUUGUGCUAAGAAUGGGCAAAACGAGAGACAAACUCCGAAUUAAGUUUAGCGGCAAACUCUUGACCUCUAGAGAAACGGAGCACUCUCCAACGAAAACUUACUUGAAUUCUGGGCCCGAAGACAAAAACGCCGCCUACAAAAGUCUCAAAAAAUUCUCAUCCUCAGCUCGUUUGGCUCAGAUUGAAGAGAAGCGUUUGCCAUUAAAGGGUGAUGAAUUCAUCUCUGAAGAAUCCAGGCUCUCGAGCACAACAGAAGCAUUCAGUUACGAAGGUUCUGAUGAACAAUCCGAUUCAACGUCGGCCAUGGAGUCUCUGAGGAUUAACUCGAUAGAGAAGGAAACCUAUUCAUUGGAAAGACCAUCAUUCAAUCUAACGACUGAUAGGUUGUCAUUUAAUGGCAGUAAAGAUGAUGAAGAUAAGUAUUAUUAUUCCGAAGAAUAUGCUUAUGAAUGAAAUACAAUUUAGGUGGAUAAACUCUGACAAGAGCUCGGAAUGCUUGGAUACAACAGCGUUACUUUCUUUUCGAGCUAACGCAACCUCUUUUUCCCAGGAAGAACAAAAAAUUAUGAAAUGAUUCGAGUUGACUCGUAGUCACGGUGGGAAUUUCAUUUUUGGACAAUUUUGUCCACCCCUGUCCAAAAGUGAUCAAAAAUGUAAAAAUACGAAACUGUAAAACCGCAAA